GCGGCAGCUGCUCCAUGAGGAGCUGAAGCUGGUCCUACAGCAGAAGGAGAGGAAACUGGAGACUGAGCCCCAGGUGACUCUCUGCAGAGCUAUGGAGGCCAGGAGCCGCAGCGCUGAGGAGCUGAGACGGGCAGAGUUGGUGGAGAUUAUCGUGGAGACCGAGGCGCAGACCGGGGUCAGUGGCUUCAACGUAGCGGGCGGCGGCAAAGAAGGGAUCUUCGUCCGCGAGCUGCGAGAGGACUCACCUGCGGCCAGGAGCCUCAGCUUGCAGGAAGGGGACCAGCUGCUGAGUGCCCGCGUGUUCUUCGAGAACUUCAAGUACGAGGACGCGCUUCGCCUGCUGCAAUGUGCCGAGCCCUACAAGGUCUCCUUCUGCCUGAAGCGCACUGUGCCCACUGGGGACCUGGCACUGCGGCCCGGGACGGUGUCUGGCUACGAGAUGAAGGGCCCGCGGGCCAAAGUGGCCAAGCUGAACAUCCAGAGUCUGUCCCCUGUGAAGAAGAAGAAGAUGGUGGCAGGGGCCCUGGGGACCCCUGCAGAUCUGGCCCCUGUUGACGUCGAGUUCUCUUUUCCCAAGUUCUCCCGACUGCGUCGGGGUCUCAAAGCCGAGGCUGUCAAGGGCCCUGUCCCGGCGGCCCCUGCCCGUCGGCGUCUCCAGCUGCCUCGGCUACGAGUGCGAGAAGUGGCCGAAGAGCCCCAGGUAGCCCGAAUGGCUGCCGCUGCUCCUCCCCCAAGGAAGGCCAAGGCAGAGGCUGAGGCCGCCGCAGGAGCUGGGUUCACAGCCCCUCAGGUCGAGCUGGUUGGGCCUCGGCUGCCAAGCGCCGAGCGGGGUGUCCCUCAGGUCUCAGCUGCCAAGGGGACCCCACCAACAGAGGCAGCCAGCGGCUUUGCCCUCCACCUGCCCUCCCUCGGGCUAGGAGCCCCAGCUGCAGCGGCUGUGGAGGCCCCGUCCGCAGGGAUCCAGGUUCCACAGGUGGAGCUCCCCACCCUGCCCCCUCUCCCCACUCUUCCCACACUUCCAUGCCUGGACACCCAGGAAGGGGCUGUAGUGGUGAAAGUCCCCACCUUGGAUGUGACGGCACCUUCUGUAGGGGUGGACCUGGCUUUGCCAGGCGCAGAGGUGGAGGAGGCCCGGGCAGAGGCACCCGAGGUGGCCCUGAAGAUGCCCCGCCUCAGUUUCCCCCGCUUUGGGGUUCGAGGGAAGGAAGCUACUGAAGCCCAGGCGGUUAAGGGCAGCCCCGAGAGCAAAGCAAAGGGUCCCAGGCUUCGAAUGCCCACCUUUGGGCUUUCUCUCCGGGAGCCCCGGCCCUCCGGCCCUGAAGCCGCAGCUGAGGGCAAGCUGAAGUUACCAUCCCUCAAGAUGCCCUCUUUUGGCAUUGGUGUGGCCGGGCCUGAGGUCAAGGCACCCAAAGGGCCGGACGCGAAGUUCCCGAAGGUCCCUGAUGUCAAACUCCCGAAGGUGCCUGAGGCAGCCAUUCCAGAGGUGCGGCUCCCUGAGGUGCAGCUGCCCAAAGUGUCAGAGAUGAAGCUCCCAAAGAUCCCCGAGAUGGCUGUGCCUGAGGUCCACCUUCCAGAAGUGCAGCUGCCCAGAGUCCCGGAGAUGAAGCUCCCGAAGGUGCCCGAGAUGGCUGUGCCCGACGUCCAGCUUCCUGAGGUCCAGCUCCCGAAAGUCCCGGAGAUGAAGCUCCCGGAGAUGAAGCUCCCGAAGAUGCCCGAGUUGGCCGUGCCCGACGUACGUCUCCCGGAAGUCCAGCUGCCGAAGGUGUCAGAGAUGAAGCUCCCGGAGAUGAAGCUCCCGAAGGUGCCCGAGAUGGCCGUGCCCGACGUACGUCUCCCGGAAGUCCAGCUGCCGAAGGUGUCAGAGAUGAAGCUCCCUAAGAUGCCCGAGAUGGCCGUGCCUGACGUACGUCUCCCGGAAGUCCAGCUGCCCAGGGUGUCAGAGAUGAAGCUCCCUAAGAUGCCCGAGAUGGCCGUGCCUGACGUACGUCUCCCGGAAGUUCAGCUGCCCAAAGUCUCGGAGAUGAAGCUCCCGGAGAUGAAGCUCCCGAGGGUGCCCGAGAUGGCCGUGCCUGACGUACGUCUCCCGGAAGUUCAGCUGCCCAAAGUCUCGGAGAUGAAGCUCCCGAAGGUGCCCGAGUUGGCCGUGCCCGAUGUCCAUCUUCCAGAGCUUCAGCUGCCCAAAGUGUCAGACAUUCGGUUGCCUGAAGUGCAAGUGCCACAGGUCCCGGACGUGCAUCUUCCCCAGGUGCCAGAGAUGAAGCUGUCCAAGGUCCCUGAGGGGCAGAGAAAAUCUGCAGAAGUGGAGCAGGCAGAAGGGACCGAAUUUAGUUUCAAGUUGCCCAAGGUGACCAUGCCCAAGUUGGGGAAGGUGGGCAAGCCUGGUGAGGCAGGUAUUGAGGUUCCGGACAAACUCGUGACAUUACCUUGUCUGCAGCCAGAAGUGGGCACUGAGGCGGCCCGUGUUAGUGGCCCUGCCCUCUCUCUACCCUCUGUCGAGCUUGACUUGCCUGGGGCCCUGGGCCUGGAGCGACAAGUCCAAGUGGAGAAGCCAGAGGGCCCCAGGGUGGCAGCAGCUGCUGGAGAGGUGGGCUUCCGGAUGCCUUCCGUGGAGAUUGUCACCCCACAGCUGCCCACAGUCGAGGCUGAGGAAGAGCAGCUAGAGAUGGUGGAGAUGAAAGUCAAACCCACCUCCAAGUUCUCUCUGCCCAAAUUUGGACUUCCAGGGCCCAAAGUGGUCAAGGCGGAGGUGGAGGGGCCUGGGCGAGCCACCAAGUUGAAGGUAUCCAAGUUUGCCAUCUCACUUCCCAAAGCUCGGGCGGGGACCGAAGCUGAAGUGAAGGGAGCUGGCGAAGUGGGGCUGCUGCCUGCUCUGGAUCUGUCCAUCCCACAGCUCACUCCGGAUGCCCGUCUGCCUCCAGGCAAGGUGGAGGUCACAGGGGCUGAUGGUAAAGCCAAGGGCUCCAGGUUUGCUCUACCCAAGUUUGGGGUGAAGGGCCGAGACUCUGAAGCUGAUGUACGAGUGGCAGGAGAGGCCGAGCUUGAGGGAAAGGGUUGGGGCUGGGAUGGGAAGGUGAGGAUGCCCAAGCUGAAGCUGCCAUCUUUGGGGCUGUCCCGAGGGAAGGAAGCAGAAAUUCAGGAUGGACGGGUUAGCCCCGGGGAAAAGCUGGAGGCCAUAGCUGGUCAGCUUAAGAUCCCCGAGGUGGAGCUGGUCACACCAGGAGCUCAGGAGGCAGAGGCGGCGGCCAGUGGCUUGAAAGCACCAGGGCUUCGGGUGUCCACCACCAGGCAGGCGGUUUCGGAGGGCCAGGAGGGAGUGCUGAGGGUGCCUGCGCUCGGUGUCUCUCUGCCGCAGGUGGAGCUGGCCAGCUUUAGAGAGGCAGGCACUGAGACCACAGCCCCUUCUGCAGAAGACUCGGAAGCCUCUAGGGUCCAGGUGCCCCAAGUGACGCUGCAGCUGCCCGGGACCCAGGUGGCAGGUGGCGGUGAUCUGUUAGUGGGUGAGGGAGUCUUCAAGAUGCCCACAGUGACAGUGCCCCAGCUGGAGCUGGAUGUGGGGCUAACCCACGAGGCCCAGGCUGGUGAAGCAGCCAAGAGUGAAGGUGGGUUAAAGCUGAAACUGCCCGCGCUGGGGGCAAAAGGCAAAGCAGAGGGCGCUGAGCACCAGGGCCCCGAGGCCCAGCGCAGCUUCCGCCUGCCAGUGCCCGACGUGGAACUCACCUCUCCAGUGAGCACCCACGCCGAGUACCAAGUGGUUGAGGGUGACGGGGACGGAGGGCACAAGCUCAAAGUGCGGCUGCCCCGGUUUGGUCUGGUGAGGGCUAAGGAAGGAACUGAAGUUGGAGAAAAGGUGAAGAGUCCGAAGCUCAGGCUGCCCAGAGUGGGCUUCAGCCAGAGCGAAGGCUCUGGAGAAGGCUCGCCCAGCCCCGAGGAGGAGGAGGAAGGCAGUGGGGAAGGGGCUCCGGGCCGCCGGGGUCGGGUCAGGGUCCGCUUGCCUCGUGUGGGCUUGGCGUCACCUUCUAAAGUCUCUAAGGGACAAGAGGGUGAUGCAACCUCCAAGUCCCCAGGUGGGGAGAAGUCACCCAAAUUCCGCUUUCCCAGGGUGUCCUUAAGCCCCAAGGCCCGGAGUGGGAGUGGGGACCGGGAAGAGAGUGGAUUCAGGGUCCGAUUGCCCAGUGUGGGGUUUUCAGAAAUAGCAGCAGCAGCUCCAGGCACCACCAGAAUCGAGGGAGCCCAGGCUGCUGGCAUCUGAAGGCCCAGGGUAGCUGUGGGUCACCCCUCUUAUCUUCCCAGCCCAACUCCCCCCCCCCUUUGUGUGUGACAUUACUAGCACUAAUCCUCAGAGGGCUUGAAGUUGGGCAACUGACUCAGGCAGGAGCCAGUGGCCUGUGCCGCCUCACUGGCCAAAGUGCCUGUGUGUCAUGUCAAGCUAUGUGAAUAAAAUCAUUCAAAAGUU